AUGCCAAGGCCUGUACAACCUAGUUCAACUAACGUGGAAGAUUUAUCUAUAUCUAGGAAGAGUAAAGACUUCAUUGAAUAUGUAAAGAGAAGAUUAUUGAGGUUUCGUGACCACGGGUUGGUUAUCAAAGAAUUUGCGUUUAGGAUAUUAGACCUUCUCUGCAUGUCAGAAGAUCUUGAUUUUUGCUUGAAGUUGGUCGCAGAAAGUGGUGUUGAAGUUUUAGAUCUUUAUUUUCAUAGUGAAUGUUAUGUCUUACCGAAGAGUGUAAUUGAAGUCAAAUCACUUACCAGGUUGAUGUUGGAAGGGGGUAUUAGCGUCGAUCAAGCAUUCAUGAAUCAUUCAAUUAAGUUUUUCUCCUUGAGAGAAUUACAUUUGUUGCAUGUCGUUUUGGAAGAUGAACAAGCAAUUGAGCGUCUCAUUUCUUGUUGCCCUUUGAUUGAAAUUAUAACUCUGAUGCUUUCUGGUGGUAGCAUGAAGUCUUUGAGCAUGCAUGGUCUACAAAAGCUCAACACAGUUUAUGUUGAUGGAAUAAAAGAGGUUUAUAUCGAUGAAGCUUCGAGUCUUAAGAGUUUAUAUUAUUGCCAUGAUUCUUGGAACACACCAUUUAAGAUUGAUUUUAUUCAGUGCAAAUAUUUAAAAGAGCUACUCUUGUGUUUGAAUAGUACUACUAUUAUCACAAACAAAUGGUUUCUUGAACUAUUUUCAAAAUUUCCAUUUCUUGAGACGUUGGAGAUAUGGAAUUGCAUGCUGUCCGAGACGAUUAAUAUUUCAAGUGUUCAACUUAAAUAUUUGGAGGUAUCACAGUCCUAUAACUUGAAGGAGGUCAACAUUGAUGCUCCAAAUCUAUUGUCAUGUAAAUUUGAAGGUUUUGAAGGCUCAAAACCAAUUAUAUCUUUUUCAAACAUUUCGAGUCAACUAGAAGUCGAUCUUAGCGUCAACUUGAUUAAUAAAGAUUUGGAUGUUUUUUACGUGAGGGAACUUAUCCAAAAUAUCAAACCCGAAAAUGUUUUAAUAUCACUAUCUCUAUGCAUCAUGGAUGCACCAAAACCGGUGUUCUUGGAUAUUCCAUCUCCUCCACCAAGUAUCAAGCAUAUGGACCUAAUCAUUCUUUCAAUACUAAACGAAAAUUUGUAUUCAUCAGAUAUUGUAGAUUUCAUACAUGUUAGUUUUAAUGUUAGGUGGUAA